GACGCAGCCAGGUCAGGCCUGGGUCCAGGACAAGGGAGAGUCGGCAGCAGCAGGAGAGGGAAGGAGUGUAAGGGGGUCUCCCCAAGGAGCAGGUGGGGCCCCGACUUCAGGCCCUGAGUCCUGAGCUAGGCUCUGAGCUCGUUGCUGGCCAGGGCAGGCCACAAACAUAGGUGUCCCAGCCGAGGGAACGCGACAGCCAUGAGCUGGGCCAAACCCCGGGACCGGGUGGGUCUCCCGCCCCAGCAGGACCGCCUCAGCCCGGAAGGCCGGCAGCGGGCUCACGCAGCCGGUGGCCCCCCAGCAGGGAGCCAUCUCACAAACGCCCCGGAUCACAGGGUGCCCGCGCAGAACAGCCUGCUGUCACCAUUUGAUAGAUGGGAACACAGGUCGGAGAGGGCUGCUGACUCCUGGCUCCACCUUCCAAACACACAGUGGGUGGGAGGGCGGCCCCUGGGCGGGCUGUGUCCAGGCUCUGCCCCCCGCCCCGUGCCAGUGGCCUCCUGCUCAGACCCCUCCCCUCGUCCACAGGAGGGCGACAGGAAGGGCCCCCCCUCUAUCCUGAGACGAAGCCCGCAGGAGCGCCGCAGCCAUGGGGCCGAGCCACGGAGGACCACGAGGCGCGUGCGGUUCCGCGAGCCCCUGGAGGUGGCCGUCCACUACAUCGCCUGCAGGAGGGAGCCCUCCGCCACGGCCAGGGCGCCCGGCCGGCGCAGGCCCCGCGACGGCGCCCUGAUCCUGCGGCUGACGGCGUGCGUCCUGCUGCUGCUGGCGCUGGGGCUGUGCUGCAGCCGGGCCGAGCCCGUGGCGCUGGCCCUGGAGGAGCUCCGGGCCCGGCUCCUGGUCCUCCUCCUGCGCCUGCGGCUCGCGGCCCUGGCCUGCUGGCGCCACCUCCUGCAGCUCUGACGGCCGACACUCACCUCCCCUGGGCCCGGGGGGCAACACUGCAGAGGGAGAGCCCCAGGUCGGGCUGGGGGCUUCCAGACAGCCCUGAGCCCUGGACUCAGCGGGGAUGCUGCAGGCAGGGUGACUGGGAAAGGGGGGCCCACGGCUUGAGAUCAGACGUGGGGUGCUGCGGCCUCGGAUGCAGCAGGCGGCCCCCCAGCUCCAAGCAGGCAGCCCCUCCUAUUUCACAUGUUGGGGUGCCCUGUGAGGCUUUAGGAGAACAAGAAUUCCACCACUGAAACUCAGGGUCCCACAGGUUCCAGCCCCCAGGCUACCCCUUGGGCCCCUCCCUCACCCCGGUGGGAACUCUUGGUGACCUUGGGCCUGGCCCGGAUGUGGCCGUGUGUAGCCCCUUGAGGACGGGGACACCCUCCCUAUGUCUGUGGGAGUCCUAGGAGGAGGUAAAACUGGACUUUUGCUGCUUGGGGCCUGCAGCCCAGACCCCGAAACCCCUCUGGGAGAGGCUCGGGCUGCGGGGCGGGGGGUACUCCCUCCUGCAGUCACGUGCAGGGCAGCGCCCCGGAGCCCCCAGCUUGUCUGACGCCUGCACUGGGCCCAAGGCCUGGGGAUCCCCUCUUGCCCCGGCUCCUCCCUAGCCGUCGGCCUGGGGGUGUGGCCGGCGCAGAGAGGACAUCGGGGGGCCAAGAGGACCCCACCACCCUCAGGACACAGCCGUCUGCGCCCGGGUCCCAGCUGGCGCCGCGCGGCCUGGGAGUCCCGUGACUUUGUAGACGCCGAGCCUUCGUCCCCGUUGCCAGGCCAAGGAGGCCACGUGAUGACGGACCCCAGGGUCCCCUCAGACGCUGCAUGGAGCGGGGCCCUGAACAAAGCAGGGAGGCCCAGGGUCAGACACCGGGAGGCACCGCUAGGGGAGAAGCUGCACCCCCAUAGCCUUCAGACGAGCGUCUACGCAGCCGCCGGUGCUGUGCUGUCCCUCCCACGGGCCUUCUCUAAGCAUCUGUUCCACGGCUUACGUGGGGAGACACGGAUUCUCUAUUAAAACACACUGCACCUCUUUCA